AUGAUUAAUUUAUUUCAAUUAUUACCCAAUAUUAGUCACCUGAAAGUUGAAAUAUUCUUUAUAGAGUUAGAUGGAUAUCAAUGGAAACAAAUCACUGUUAAUUAUUUACCGCAAUUGAAAGUUUUCCAAAUGAAGAUGAAUACUGAUCUUUGUCAUUCAAUUGAUAAUCAGAGAAACGAAGAAAAAAUCGAUCAAUUUCUCGCAACAUAUCGUACACCAUUUUGGAUCGAACAUCAUCAAUGGUUUAUUGGAUGUCAUUGGGGAUUAUGGAUGGAGAAUAUUAUGAUGUUUGUUUAUUCGUUACCUUAUAAAUUUGGUGAUUCUCUUAUUUACGAGGAUCAAUUAUUGGAUAAAACAAAAUCAACUUGCCCAAAUGUAUAA